AUGCUGAUAGCUAGUUUUGUAGCUGGAUGUAUACCAUUAUCGACAAAGUUGUCCGAAUCCAAAUUACAUUUCCUAGCAUCGUUAAGUGCAGGUUUAUUAAUUUCGACAAGUUUAGUCGUCAUUAUACCCGAGGGAGUGGAGACAUUAUAUAGUAACGAUGACAACAGCAACAGCGAUUUUGACACAUCGGAUUUCCUAGAUUCUGACCACUCUAGUCACCACCAUAUACCUGAGCAUACGGCAGUUGGCCUGUCACUACUUUUUGGAUUUGCACUCAUGUUUAUUAUAGAUCAGCUCAACCCCUCCUCUCAUUCUCACGCACAUCAUACAUCGUCUCCUUUGUCCGCCUCGUCGUCUAACACUGACGACCAUCAUGACAAAGAAAUUAAAAAUUCAUUAGAAUUGGAUGCUAUGCUCACCAAUACUGCUGAUUCCUCUAAUGCAGCCGAUAAAACACCCUUUGUUUCGAUAGUAGGAAAUAGCACCGAUAAUAACGACAUUCACCCUCUUCACAGCUCUCCAGCAACCCAUGCAGCUGUAACAACGCCUACCGUUGGACUUGUUGUACACGCAGCAGCAGAUGGUAUUGCCCUUGGUGCCUCCGUCUCAGACCCUCAGCUCUCCAUGGUCGUUUUUUUCGCCAUCAUGCUUCACAAAGCCCCUUCAGCAUUUGCCCUCACCACCGUCCUCCUCAACGAAGGACUUUCCCGGGCUCAUGUGAGAAAGCACUUGCUCCUGUUUUCCAUGUCUGCUCCGGCAGGUGCCCUGUCCACUUACGCACUACUACAGUUGUUUUCAGAGUCGAUGCAAGAAUUGAACGUGAAUUACUGGACGGGCAUAUUUUUAUUGUUUUCGGGGGGCACUUUUUUGUACGUUGCAAUGCAUGCUAUCCAGGAAUUGCCUUCCACGGCACCCUCCUCCUCUUCAGAGGAUUAUCACACGUUAAGUCCAUCUGCUCAUACGACUCCGGCUUCAACGAUGGCUGGUACCCAUCCUACUGUUCAUACCCACUGCACAACUCACAAGUUCAAUUGGCGUCAGAAUGGCAUUGUCCUACUUGGCAUGUGCAUACCAUUUAUUCUCAAUUUGAAUCACCACCAUUAA